AUGCGCACCCGUAACCAAGAAAAGGUGCCUUCGAGCCAGUCGUCAUCGCAGCAGACUGCUGGCGCUGAGAAACGCACAAGCCGCAAGAGAAGAGCAAGCAGCUCCUCCGACGCGCCGAUUCCUCAGAGCUCACAGACGACUGUCUCGUCGUCAUCACAAGUCAAGCGCAGAAAGAGACAAGACGCGUCUUACGACCACCCCGAAGACCUCACCAUCCUCGACGAGGAAGAUAUUGUCACCACCAGUACCCCUGCUCCCGCAGCCCGCCAUGUUCACUUCACCGAGUCUACCUCUCAAGGUCAGAAGACCACCUCGACACACCUAACUCCUCACAUCCGCAAGACCAUCACCACCGAAAGACGUCAGACCAUCUCUCCUUCAAAAUUCGAGAGCCUAUCAACACCGCCCGCCAAGUCUCGCUUGUCUCUGCCUUCGACCUUCUCCCCUUCGCCUACCGUUUCCAAGCUCUUCCGCCCCUUGAGUCAGGUCCUGUCCGAGCGUGUUAAGAGCCGCCUUCGCCGCAGCCGUCUGAGCGAGGAGAUCAAGGAGCAAAGAGAUGGCUCCGAGGCCCACCAAGAACUAGUCCAACUGCGUCAAGAGAUUGGAGAGAUUGAGGAUAUCAUUCGCACCCGUCUUCACCAGCUCGAUGUCGAGAAGCAGUUGGGAGAAGAUGCUGACGACCAAAAGAUGGAGGACAUUGAAGCCGAGCUCGCUCAACUCACUGAAGACCUCGAGGAGAAGAAGGCUCAAGAGGCUGCCAUCCCUGACGUGGACGCCAUCGAGGCCACUGAUGUCAUCAACGAGGACAUGAUGGUCUUUGAUAGCAGCCAAGGCAUUUCAUACCCCAACCUUCCUUCUUCCAGUACUGAAGUCCGCACUGUCCAAAGGGUCAUCGACGCUGUUGACAUCUCCGAUGCUCAAACCCAGGUUGCCCUGCCCGACUCUACCCAGGAGGAGGAGCGCCGCGCCUUCAAGGAGGCCAUCCAGUACUGGACCGACGAAGCAUCCAACGCAAAGUCUGCUCUUCAAAUCCUGACCAUCGAGUUGCAGUCUCUUGGCUUCCCAGGUGAGAACUCUGACGCCAUCCUUGGAUCCAUCCGCGAAACAUUCGCCUCUGUCCGCGAACGCCUCGAAUCUGCCGUACCUGGAGCUGUCCCUGGCAGCAUCUCUGACGCCGACCUUGUUGAGCUCGUCAUCCAGCACCUCGAGGUCCUUGCAAGCAAAGUUACCGAGCAGGAGAUCUUCAUCACCGACAACGACCAACUGCGCCAGGAGCUUGCCAACGAGAUUGAUGGUCUUCUUGAAAGAUUGAGUCAGGCCGAGAUUCGCAAGCGUACUCUCGAGAUUGGUUUCAACGACCUGGAUGCCCAAAGUCAAAGAGAUGAGCAGUUGAUCGAUUCGCUCAGCAAGGAGUUGAACAAGAUCGAAAAGAACCACGAUAUGGCUCAGACUCUUAUCAGCGAGAAGAAAGCCCAGCUUGCCGAGCUUGACCGCGAGAACAAGGAUCAGGAUACAACCAUCAGAAAGCUCGGUGAGGCCCUCGAAGGCUACAGAGCUAACGAGGCCAACCUUCACGCGCUCAUCACUCGCAUGGAACAGGAGACCAACGUCAAGAUCUCUGACCUCACCAAGGCUAACCAAAUUGUCGUGUCUGAGCUCGAGGAGCAGCUUCGUGUUGAGGGUACCAAGCGCCACACUGCCGAGGCCGACGCUGACGACAAGCAAAACAUCAUCACCACCUUGGAGCGUCGCGCCGAGGAAGACGAAGCUAACAUUGACACUCUUAAACAACAACUUGUCACUCUUCAAGGACUGCACUUCGCCGAACAGCAAGCCAGAGAGGUCGCCGAGGCGGUGAACGAUGAAAACACAACAUCAAUCGCUGAGCUUGAGGUUAAGAUCGAGGAGGCUGAGACUGAAUUGAAUCAGCUCAGAGCUGACCUAGACAACCUUCGCGCACUCGAAGAGGCAGAACGUCGCCAACGCGAGGCAGCUGAGGCCGAUCUGGACGAUCGCAACAACAAGAUCACCGAGUUGGAGCAGAAGCUGCUGGCAUCUGGCAAACAAGCCAAUGAGCUGCGUCAAAAGCUGUUCGAGGUUCAGCAGCGUUCCAAGGAAGUCGUUACAGAGCUUCAGACUAUCGCAGAGGAGCGCGAAACCAAGCAUGCCACCGAGCUUGCUGCCUGGGACGAGAAGGCCAGAAAGGCCAACGAUUUGGCAGUCUUCCACAAAGCCGAGGCUCAGACGUACGAAGAACAACUGAGAGUCAUCACAGCAGACAUGGGUCAGCAGCUUGAAGAGCGUGGUGCUAAGAUUAGNGAAUGGGCAACCAAGCUUGAUGAACUGACUGCAGAGCUCAAGGCAACAAAGACGGAAUUGAACAACGCAUUGGUGUCGCUUGAUCAGCUGCAACAGUCAUCCGAGACUCGCAUUGCUGAGCUUCUUGGUGAUGUCGCUGAUCUCCAAGCCAUUAUUGCUCAACACGAGGCUACUAUCAAGAUCCUCAACGCCGAGGCCCAGACAACCGCUCAGACUCACGCUGUCGCCAUUACCGAGAGAGACGAAAAGAUCGCCGACCUUAACCACGACAUUUACAAUGCCCAACACGAGAUCAGAAACCUCGAGGCCGAGAAGGAGUCGCUUGAACGUCGUGUCGAGGCUGAAGCCGAGGCAAUGCUUGAGUUGCAAGCCGACCGCGACGACCAGAUCGUCGACCUCAAGACCAACAUCCGCAACAAGCAAGCCGAGAUCGAGAACCUCGGCCGUAAGGCACAGGAGGUGGACCGCAGCUGGGAGCGCGUGAUGAACGAGCGUGACACCGAGAUCGAAGAGCUCCGCGAGACCGGCUCAGAAAACACAAUUACCAUCGCCCGCCUGACAAAGCUCAACGCAGCACUCAAGGAAAAGUUCAGACUCUAUGUUCGCGACUCCACUGCCACUGUCCAGUCCAUGCACGAGGAUAUGGAAGCAGCUGUCCUCUCUGCCUCAGCUAAGAGCGGUGAAUUGCGCGAAGUUGGCCGUCGUGUGCUUGAGGAGGUUGAGGCCAUGGAUGCCGUCCCUGAGAUGGUUACCUUUGCCACCUCGUCAUCUGCUGGCAACCCUCGCGUCCAGCACAUCAAGCAGAGCCGUCGUCGUCGCCAAUACGACUCUGGCAUUGGCGUUGAUGAGGACUCUAUCCUCGAGUAG